AUCGAGCAUUUUUUUUUUGUCUCGCUGGUGAUCAUGGAACAACGCGUAGAAAGCUUCGUACACCGUACGCCAAGACAUCCAGUCUCGUGCAAGCCCUGUAGGCGAAGGAAAGUGCGAUGCGACCGUCAAAAGCCUUGCGGGACGUGUGUCCGCCAGAAACAAACAGGUGACUGUAUUUAUGCUCCUCAGCCGGCUAAAAGCUCUCGACAAGCAUCUACCGACAACAUUCACGGGCGGUUAAGCCGGCUCGAAGGCGCGGUACAAUCCCUUAUCAGCAAAGAGAAGGUGUCUAUGCAGCCGCCGCCAGUCUUGGAGCCGAUGUCUUCAGUCGUGACAGAAACCACCGAUCGCAACCAGCUCAGACAAACUGGGGAAAACCUUCUCGAUGGAGACGGUCGGGCUUCAAUUGAAAACAAUUUCCCCGGUGAUUCAGAAAGUAAUAUUCAGCAGUCAUCUUCAUCCCAUCUAGCUGGUCCAGGGAGGGACUCAGCCCCGGAACUGCUCCUGGGUGGAUUGAAGCAUAUCACACGAGAAGAGAUUAUCAUGACAAUGCCCUCGCGGAAUACGGUGGAUGGGCUUGUAUCUCGCUACUUUAGUUACAUGGACUUUUUUGCCUUGAUGAUCCAUGUGCCAACAUUCCGAGAAGAGUAUCUACACUUUUGGGAGGAUUCUAGCGUGGUCUCGAUGAACUGGUUAAGCAUGCUAUUCAGCAUGAUGUGUAUCGCCACCUAUCACUUUGAUGUCUUUCAAGAUCCUCUACCACCCGGCCUUCCGUUCGCGAAUGAAGCCAUGGUUCGAUUCUGUCGGCAUAGUGCACAGUGUCUCAUCUUGGCAAACUAUACUAAACCAACCCACGACACCGUUGAGGCACUUAUGCUCUAUUAUUUCUGUGAACUGAUCCGGAGUCCUGAGACACCAUUCGCACUUUAUCUUAUAUUUUCAAUGACUAUUCGUAUCGCCAUGCAAUUAGGCUACCAUCGCGAUCCGCAGCACGUCACAGGGAUCUCUGUUUUUCACGGCGAGCUAAGACGGCGUGUGUGGCUUGUGCUUGCACAAUUGGACAUAAUUGCCUCCUUACAGGCCGGACUCCCCAGGUUAGUGAAGGAAACAGACACGGGACGCCCGCAUAAUCUGCUUGAUGAGGACCUGUGGCCAGCUAUGACUGAGCUACCUCCAUCGCGUUCAGACCGGACGACUACCACACUCUCCUACAUCAUCGCGCGCAUGGAUACUCUCGAUAUAUUAGGUCAAAUUCAGGAUGAGACAAUGUCUCUCCGCCCUUUCUCGUACGAGAGGGUCAUGGAGCUGGACCGGUCUCUGGUUGAAAAGUACAACGCAGUACCGUUGUGCUUCAAAGGAACUGUCUACUUUCCGGACACUGACACCCCUGCGAGCUUCUUGCAAAGAAUAAUGCUAGAACUACAGUUUGAAAAAGCUCGCUGUAUAUUACAUCGCAAUUCUAUGUUCACACAAGACGCCUCAUACACAGCUUGCAUGAGUGCGGCCCUAAAUAUCAUUCAGCAUCAACUCAAUCUGCACCGUGAAUUAAAGCCUGGGCGAUACUUGUGGGGCCAUAAAUGGAAACUUACUUGCCUCACAGUCUAUGAUUUUCUCCUGGCCGUCAUGAUACUUUAUCGGGGAUUUGACCCUCACAUCAUCCACCAUUCUGUUGAUACGACCUUCCUCCCAUCGAGUGGACCUGGGCAACUUAUAAAAGUGCAGGCUAUGUUGGAGAAUUCAUAUGCCGUUUGGAUUGAUUGGUGUGCCGAUAUGAAAGAAGCAGGUACGGCGGCUCAGAUGGUGAAGCUGAUUAUCAAACGAAUGCGACAGCAGGCCUAUAUCACACAAAAUGUUGGCUUUCAAGAUAUCGAUCGAGUGAAUCGGGCUUCGUCAGCAGCUUCCAGUAUCUUCAACAAUCCGCUUACUAGACGUCCUUCAAUCUCACAUGAAAUUACACCGCUGCCGGAGCUUAUAUCAGAGGAUCUGCGGCCCUUGACUGAUUUCGAAGAGCUCCUAGACUUGGAUGAAGGGAUAAAUUGGGUAAGACUUAUUUGCAUGGUCUUAAAUACUGGAAACUCUUUUCCUACCCCGCUCGCACUGUUUCAUCCCUCUUGGUCAUUUGACGCUCACAAGCUUAUCGAUAUCACAAAUUCAACACACAGGCUCAAUUCGAUAUGAGAUUGCAUGAGCACGGAAUUGACGCUUUCUGCAAUCCGCGAGCUGGGACUGACUGGAUGGGCUAUCAAUGAGCCCAAGGAACAUCAGCAUGGGUUUGAUGCAGUAACUCGGACGUACAGAGUGCAAAAUGGAUUAUCUUGACUUUCGCUCACCUCCGGGGUCUAAUGCUG